AUGGCCGAGAGCAAGCAGAAUCAGGAUGAUGUUCUCACAUGUUCUGUAUGUAUGGAAACAUUCCGGGAACCAGUAAUGCUACCCUGUCAGCACAGUUUUUGUAGGAAAUGCAUUGGUUUGUAUGCUGCCAAGUCCAAAUCUGUGCAAAUAGAUGAGACCUCCGAUACCAGGGGGAAGGAUGACGUCCAUCUGAUAGCAUGCCCUGUGUGUCGGGCACCAACGAGCCUGGGGAGAGAAGGUGUGGCUGGACUGGCUCCUAACUUUCAUCUGGCAGAAAUGGUGGAGAGGUUCACUACUGCUGUUAAGGUUGAGGAUGACAUCCCAUAUUGUUCUCUGUGUGAGGAGGACAAUCAUGCUAAAGCUAUCAAGUUUUGCACCAUCUGUGGUGUGUUCUACUGUCAGGAAUGUCUUGCAAAUUUCCAUCCAAUGAGGGGGCCUCUAAAACGUCAUCGACUGAUUUCGGCUCUGGAGUACCUAUCCCAGGAAACCUCACAGGGUGAAGUCAGCAGGGACCAACAAUCAACUCAGCAGCCGUCAUGUGCUAGACACGGUCAGCCAUUCAUGUACUGUGAACCGUGUCGGAUGGUGAUCUGUGUGGGGUGUGUGGUGGAGCAUCCGGGACACGCUGUGCGGGAUAUACCAUCAGCAGCUGAGAAAGCCAAGUUUGUGAUCUAUAGUGAAGAAUGGGGCUUUGUGUCCUGUACUGUAGUGAGUCAUUUGAAAGGUGGAUUUUUUAAUGUAGUAUUUUUUCCAUUACAGCCAGCUGUUUUGAACAAGACGAGUGAACUGGAGAAAGUGCUACAGGAAACUAAAGAAUCACUGGCAGGAGUUAUGAGGUUGUACAGCAAGAUACAGGAAAACCAGGAACUUCACACUCAGGAGGUAGAAAAGGCUUAUUGUGCAGCCUUUGAAGCUUUACAAGCAUGGAAACAACAAUCCUUAGAUGGCAUAAAAACCCGCUAUUCACAGUGGAGCGUGGAGUGUAGCGCCAUACUCAAACAUUUUCAGCUACAGACCCAGGAAAUGGAGAGGAUGGUGCACGCUUCCAAAGAUUUGUUAGCGUCAGCGGACGUCGAGUUUUUGCAGGGUUCCACGGAUUUCACCAAAAGGUAUGUAUAAAUGUGUGAUACCUCUCUAGGUUUGUUAU